UCACCACAUAGUCCACAGACCAAAAUAACCUAUUACUAAUUGACAAUUUUCUACUGAAUUUUUGCUAGGAGAAUUGUUUUCACUACAAGUUAAAAAAAAAGUCAAUAAAAACUAAUAUGUGGCUUUGACAGGUGCUAAGAACUAAUGUUUACAUUCGUCAGUGACUCAGAAUACUGUUUUUGGGAGGGCUGGUGCUAUGAGGCGGCCCUUGUACAUGGGUGGGGCAGGGCUUGUCCUCUGCACAAUUACCAUCAGUGUGUUCAACACAUUCCUGGCUGGUCAGACCGAGCCACUACCCAGAUAAACCAAUCUUCCUGUACAACCAGCUCAACAAGCUCGUCUAGCAACAGAAAUGAUUGCAUUUUUAGAAGCUGGACCUAUGUGGCGUUCAGCUAAUUGCUCUGCUGCAUUUGUUGAAAGCAUGUCUGCGUGCGAGCUGCGUCCAUGCCUCAGGUGACAGUCGUCCACACCAAAGGUCAGAGGGACAUCGGAGGAGGAAAGAGAGUGGCAUGUAAAUGGAUGGGGAAGGAAGAAGAGAGAGAGAAACGACAGAGGUGGGUGCUGUACAUACUGUACACACAACUGUAUGUCAACUGAAUCAACUAACAACGCAUCUGUUCACUGUAAACUAUGGCUGUUUUCUUCUUCUCACAACUAAUUGUAAAAAUAACCUUCAAAGAAAUGUUUUCAUUUUUUGUAAUGAACUAAUUUCCUUAAAACUGGUUUGAAAGGUUGGAUUUAGGCCAAGGACUGACACAAAAAACCCUGAAUCACCUCAUAUUCUCAUUUAGGUUAAAUAUGUGAGGAAUAAAAAUCACCAUUUAGAAAUAAAUAACUCACUAUUUCUAUAAACAGUUCUAACCUUGCACAAAACAUAAAAAUAUAUAGAAUACCUCUUAAGUCUGUGAUCUUCCGUUGGUUACCAGGACUCAGCUGUUAUUGGAUGGAAAAUCACACUUCAGUAAUAUUUGUUCUAUGACGUUUUCAUUUGCACAAGAAUACGUACUCUUUUAUGUCACUUUAACGCCGUUCCCUUUCAUUUUCAAUCAUCUUUCUUACGCUCUCUACUGUUACAAUUAACGCUGCAAUUUGAAUCAAUGUUUCCCCCAGUGACAAAACUCCAGAUGUCAGUCGGACUCUGAGGACACAGCCACUCUGGAGGAGCUGGUACAGUUUUGUUUCAGUUGGUGCAGUGUGGUUAAUGUGUCAAGGGGAGGCGCCACAGCACAGCUCUUCCUGGAAGCUCUUGUUAGUGUGUUUGUUGUGGUUGGUUCUGGCAGGUUGUAUGCAUGGCCUGAAAAACCGCCUGCGGCUGGGACACACACAGGAUGAGAGUCUACUGGAGACACGGCAGGAGACAGUGAUGGAGAGCAGAAAUCUGCAGUAUUCAUGGGCGCCCCCGUCCAGGAGCUCUGGCCCCCAUGUUCCUCUGGCCCACGCCUUGGCCAAGAGCCUGUUGCUGUGUGUGCUCCAGGAGCCUCUACCAGACCCCAGCAUCCCCCAAGUCCAAGCCCUCAUCUCCAAGCUGGAGUCCGUGUCUCUCACACUUGAGACAACGGGAGCCACAUCAGAGGCGAAGGUCGACCGGGACAACCAAGAUUCUGUGCUGAUGCAGAACGUGAGGCUCAUCUGCAAAUACCUACAACAGAGGAUGAAGUCACUGCGAGCUCUGGUCCAGGUGCAGGGUCAUUUUGCGGCCAGCGUGAAGGACAUGCUGGAGGGACUGGACGGCCUUUGGGCUCAGCUGGAGGAGUUGCACACAGGGGUCACACUCACCAAGGAGGGGAGUCGAGAUCAGGAAGACCUCACCUUGGCCCAUAAGGACGCAGAAAAAGUGUCUGUAGUGCUGGUUCACUACAACAGGCAGCUGCAGUGCUGUCAGGCUCAUUUGAAAGAGGUCACCCAAAUCCUGCAGGAGCUAACUUGGAGUCACACUCACAUCAGUAACAGUGUGAGCAGCAGCAGCGAGUCUGUCUGGCCCGAGCUGUUACUUCAGUCCAACAUUGAGCAGUUUGACAAAGUGCAGGAGAGUUUCCUCUCCCUGGAGCAGCAGACUUCUACAUUCCAGGCCCACCUGGAAGGGCUUAGGGAGGAAAAUCAGGAAAGACACUCAAGGCCCCUCACCUCAGCAGGCAGGGCCAAUUCAUGUUCACUGUCUCCACCGACGUCCCCGCAGCUCUGUAAUGGAGGCACAGAUGAUGCUUCACGGGACCAUUAUCGUUCGGCCUCAGCAUCAACGUCCGUCUCGUCGGUGGAUCCAGACUCGGACGCCGAAAAAGACACUCGCCGCUUUUUGUGUGAGAAAUCGGGUUUUCGGUUCUCUGCGUUUGGAAGACUGCGUAGGUCUGGCAAAAAGAAGUGAUUUGUUUCCUGUUGCAGAUCCUUGACUUCAGACUUCAUCCUUGUUGUGACUGUGAUUUUCCCUGAAUGUAGCAUUUAAUGAAACGUAUCACAUACUGUGUUCACAGUAUGAGGUGGAAAAGUUGUAAGACACAUUAAAAACAUCUUUAUUUAUGGAAAUAACAUCAUUUUGAAGUCUAAACAUGAAAUAUUUGAACAGGUUUCCAUUCAAGUUUGGCUAAUAUUCUAGAUUUAUUUUUUCAGUUUAUAGUAUUGAAAAAUUGGAUAAAUCAAAAAAACAAAUCCUAGAAAUAUGAAGUUCAAAAUUUAAUGUGUUAUUUAUUUUCAUGUCAUUUAAAACUACCCCGAGCCACUAUUUACCUUUUACAUUUUAACACAAGGUGGCAGCCUUUCACCAGUUUUUACAACAUUGCCGAAAGUCUGUAUACAAUAUAUAUUUUUUGAAAUAUAUGUUUAGCGGCAAAUUAAAAAUAAAUGAAUAA